ACAGACACUUUCCGGCGUUCCGCGCUGACCCUCAUGGAUUUGAACUUGGAGUUCUGGAAAAGCGAGGGCAAAACUUUUUCCCAAAGAUUUCAUCACUGGAUAGAUAUUUUGGACCCUUUGCUCUUACUUAAAUCCAAGAAGGAAAUUGAAGCAUCCAGAACACUUUUACUAACUAGUGGGCCAGAUAUCGCAAAGUCCUUGCAGAACAAAGAGAUAAAAGAGGCUUGGAACUUAAGUUUGGCCUCUGUGAACCCUGCCACUGGUGAUACAGUUCUUUCUGUAUUUCGGCCACCAGCUUUCCUACCGCUUACUGCUCCAUUGGUCAUUGGUAUUUUAUUACCACACAAAGGAGUGAAGCAAGCAUUUCAUUCACAGGUUUUUUUCCACACAUAUAUAAGUGGAUUCAGCGUGGCACAUGGGAAUUUUACACAGGACUCAAAAGAGUUUCCAUACAAGGAGGUGCUUCUCAGUGCAGGGGCAAUUCUAUAUUCUGCAAGCAUAGCAAUUUUGCCUCAUUACAUCAUGACUCGUUAUCAAGUACGGAGUCCUUCUAUGCAAUUGUUCAUGAAAGUCAUACCAGGUCCGCUUACAGCUGCUUUGUGUGCAUUUAACGUGGUGGUAAUACGAACAAGCGAGACUGAGAAAGGGAUAAAAAUUAUGGAUAGCAAAGGGCGUAUCGUAGGAGUGUCAAAGAAAGCAGGAGAAAAGGGAGUAAGAGAAACAGCAUUAUGCAGAGCAGUAGUAUUUGGGACAGCAGUAUGUAUUCCAGAUAUUGUUCUGCACUACUUAAAACGCACAAGUGUUUUUGCCCAAAGUCCACGUCUUGGGGCCACACUGAGAUCUAUUAUGAUAAUUUCAACCCUUGGAUUGAUGAUACCGGUUUCAUUUAGUUGGAUUCCGCAAUUAGGAACGAUACAACGAAGCGUAAUUGAACCAGAAAUAAUCUGUUCCACUGAAGAAACAGAAUUCUUUUACAACAGGGGACUUUAACUUGUAACUUGUAGGAUAUUUGGUGAUACGUUCAUUUGAAGGUUUUGUUUCAAAACUUAAAGAAGCGUCUUGAGUAUUUUGAUUGGUUGUGCUUUUGGAUUAUAAGUUUGAACCAAUAUUCUAUACACUGCAGCAAAACUUGCAUCAUGUGUGGAAACUUUGCCGCCACAACUGGAAGAAAGGAAUGUAAAAUCACUGAUACCUUUUUAAUCUUGUGAUCUCUAUAUGUAACUAUUAAAAGCCCAUGAUGGA